AUGGAGGCAGCUCUGAAAUCGUGGGAGCUGGAUAACGACAUCAAACUCAUCGAUACCCACCGCGAUGCCCUCUACAACUACACACCCGACCAACAAAGCGAAAUCAACGAGAAGAAGCCAUGGAAAGAUAACCCACACCAUUUCCAAAAUGUACGAAUUAGCGCUGUUGCCCUCGUUAAGAUGGUUAUGCAUGCCCGAGCCGGCGGAUCUAUCGAAGUCAUGGGCCUAAUGCAAGGAUACACCGACGGCGACACGAUCGUAGUAACCGAUGCCUUCGGGCUUCCCGUCGAGGGUACCGAAACCCGUGUCAACGCGCAAGACGAUGCCAACGAGUACAUGAUCCAAUAUCUCCAACUCUCGCGUGACCAAGGUGCACGCCAGGAAAACGCUGUUGGCUGGUACCAUUCUCACCCCGGAUACGGCUGUUGGUUAUCCGGUAUCGAUGUGGGAACCCAGCAUAUGCAACAAAAAUUCAAUGAUCCUUUCGUCGCCGUCGUUAUCGAUCCCGAGCGAACGAUUAGUGCUGGCCGUGUUGAGAUUGGUGCCUUUCGCACUUAUCCCGAAGAAUACAAACCCCUCCCCGAAUCCGUCAUCCCCGGUCAAUCUUCUUCGUCAGGCCAAGCCGUUCCCCUAGCUAAGGCGGAAGAUUUUGGUGCACACGCGAGUCGAUAUUACGGUUUGGAGGUAUCACACUUUAAGUCUACACUAGAUUCGAAUCUGCUAGAGUUACUAUGGAGCAAAUAUUGGGUACAGACACUAUCACAAAACCCUCUGUUGACGAAUCGCGAUUUUGGCGACAAGCAGAUGUUAGAUCUAGGCUCUAAGAUCCGAGAGGCUACCUUAGCGUUCCAGAGAGGCGCCCGAGGGGGUGGAGCAAGUUUCCAUGGCGAGCCGGGUGGUAAGAACAAACUCGACGUCGAGAUGGAGAAAUUAGCUCGUACCAGUCGCUCGGUUGCUAUGAAUGAGAAGCAGGGUCUAAUGGCGGUUGAGACAAAGGCUAAGAUAUUUAAUGGUUUGGGUGCUAACAACAACACAACCAUGACGACAUGA